GCUCUUGGGGUGAAAAGGGCGAAAGUUAGCGCAGUGGUUUCCUCGUUUGACAGCAGGGGCCGGGGGCAGGUUUUACAGCACAAAACAACAAGGAUGAAGCUUCCUAUGGAAGAUGCGGCAACAGAGAUAAUCGAGGAGACGUUUAGCUGAAAGACCAUCAGCUUUAUCUCUAUCUCCCGGUGUGCGCUCCGAAAUUAACGCCAGGCAAUUUGAAUAUCAACUUAUCGUAACUGCAGAUGAAUGUCUGUGCCUGAAGUGCCCCUGCAUUUGUUGUUGUUAGCUACUAAUGCUAACCAUAUAAGUUGCGAGCUAGCUGGCCUAGCAAGCUAAUAGUUAAAGCGAGGAAAAGAUAAUUAGCCGCAUAUGUUUGAUUUACUUAAUGUUGUCCGACGAGUAAACUCGGGGUUGUAUAGCUAGCUGAUGGAGCCAGCUAACGUUGGCUUAAUGUGUUCUAGAACUACAGCUUUGGUUAAGCUUUUAAAGUACCAACCGUAGUAGUUAGUUACCUAGCUAGCUAGUUAGCUUGCCAAUUAGCCACCACUAUCUUCGGAAGAAUGAGUAGAAAACACCGUCACUUUAAAGGAGCCGAAGUCAGCUGCUGCGUAAAAUACUUUUUAUUUGGAUUCAAUAUUUUAUUCUGGUUACUUGGAGCUGCAUUCUUGGGCAUAGGGCUGUGGGCAUGGGCGGAGAAGGGCGUGCUGGCCAAUCUGUCAACCAUUACAGACCUAGGGGGCUUCGACCCCGUGUGGCUCUUCAUCGUCGUAGGAGGGGUCAUGUUCAUUCUGGGCUUUGCUGGCUGUAUUGGAGCCCUCAGAGAGAACACUUCCCUGCUCAAAUUUUUUUCUGUGUUCCUGGGUUUGAUCUUCUUCUUGGAGCUCACUGCGGGGAUCCUUGCCUUCGUCUUUAAGGACUGGAUCAAAGACCAGCUCAACUUUUUUAUCAACAAUAAUGUCAAGGCCUACCGCGAUGACAUAGACUUGCAGAAUCUCAUUGACUUUGCCCAGGAAUAUUGGUCAUGCUGUGGAGCUCACGGGCCCGACGACUGGAACCUGAACAUCUACUUCAACUGCACUGAGCUGAACCCCAGUAGGGAACGCUGUGGUGUCCCCUUCUCCUGCUGUGUCAAAGACCCUGCAGAGGAUGUCAUCAACACGCAGUGUGGUUAUGAUGUUCGGCAAGUUCAAGGGGACCUGAACCGGCAGAAAUAUAUCUAUACCAAGGGCUGUGUGGGACAGUUCGAGAAAUGGCUUCAGGACAACCUGAUCAUUGUAGCUGGAAUCUUUGUUGGUAUUGCACUUUUGCAGAUUUUUGGUAUCUGCCUUGCUCAAAACCUGGUGAGUGAUGUCAAAGCUGUCAAAGCCAACUGGUGAUAGGAGAGGUGAAGUAAGGGAGACCUGCCCCACGUCAACACAGCACAGAAAGAGUCCUGCCCAACUGGGGACGGAGAGCCGACAACCUUCAACUUUGUCUUCUUUGCCGUUGAGCUAAGCAGCACAUUCACACUCUCACACUUGCAUAUGUGCAGACACAAAGAGUUUACCUUCCUGUUUAUCAGUGACACUUGAAUGAGGAAAAGAAUAUCCCACACAAACCAAACAGUAAACACUUUGUCUAUACCUCCGCUGGGAUUUUAACCCAAAUAUACAGAGGACGGUCCUGCCUACUUCGUAGUUAGAUUCUUUCUAUUUUUUUUUUUUCUGAUUUUGGACAAGUGUAUUUAAGGGGCGCAGAUGCACAAAGACUCUUAUCAAUUGGGAGAUUGGAAGCCAUGGAUGAAAGGAAAAAAAGAAGAAGAAAGUAAAGCGUUACAUUGUCACAGAGCCUCUUUACACUCAGUGAGGGGUUGAACAUCUCCGCCUACAACAUGCUUGUGCCCACUUCCUGCUGUAGGGAAUCGUGGGUGGCUGGCUGGUUGGCCAAAAAAUACAUUGAUUGAUUUUCUUUCCAUGGUGACCUUUUAUGACCACUGAAAAGACUCUGAACUGGUCAAAUCUGCAACUUCAAACCAUUUCAGGGGAUUUCAAUUCUUACUCAAAAUGUAAAAAGUGCCAUUAAUUUCCUGUGAUAGGUUUGUCUCCUUCCUGAUCUUUACAUUGGAAUUUCUGCACCCCGCCCCACAAUACCUCAGGGCUUGGCCAAAAGAUGUGCUUUCUGCCACCGGUUAAAAGCUUAUCUGUUUUUUCCAUCCAUGUCUGUUGAAUUUAGUUGGACUAACUUAAUGCAGAAAACACUGACAGUUCCUUGAAAGUCACCCUGCUUGCCCUGCAGUGAUUGUAUUAUCCUUUGAUUUACUGAAGGAUCUUGUAUUUUAUUAUAUGGGAUGGCCUGGUGUGUUUAGGAUUGUGGGACUAUGCUAUACAGGGAAAUGGGUUUAAUGAUAGUUGAGAUUAUUGUUUAUCUCUGAGCAUCCCUCAGGCACAUGGGAUUGCUGGUUUUGGGCCUUUUUUACUUGACUUAUGUUACCACAUUUGUCUUAUAUUUUGUCCUCUGCAUAUUGAAAUAUAAGAAUAUUUGUCUGUUUAUAGAUGUCCUUUAUUCAUCCUUUAUUUCCUAUCCUUUCAUAGGCACACAUUUUUAUUCUGGGUUCAUAGUUUAACUUUCCCAGGCACCAGUUUUACCUCUCACUGCGAAAUAGCUUCUUAUUGUUGACCAAAUAAUAUCAGCUGGCCACAAGCAAACUGCCAAGGUUUUGUCUGGCUACAAUUGUGAUUUUAUUAAGAAAUGGCGGAAAGAAAGAAAUAGCAUUUCUAGAUAGCCAAAAUGUGAAUUUAUUGUCCCUUUUUUAUGUGGGAAAUGCCAGUUGAAAUGAGAAAUCAAACAAAUUAAAAAUGUUAUAAUAUCCCUUUUAUCUUAAACUUAAUGUUGUGUCUUUAGUUUGGACUGGUUUAUAAAUAGAUUAGUAAAAACACGCUGUUACCUUUUUGAUACUAGCAAAAGCCUCAAUAUAACAUGAAUGCUGCUUUAAAAGUUGACUAGAUUAUUGAUAACGAGCUAACAAGUCUAACAUGAUGGCAUUUAAGCAAUUUGCAAUGUUAUUUGUUCUUUCUCCAGUUUACAGUUUGUAUACAUGUCACCUUUUGUUGUUAAAAGUCCUGUGGCAAGACAUUUUCACUUUGAGGUUUUUUAACAUGUGUUCCCCAAGCCCGCCAUGGUCCGCCAGUGGCCAGAAAUGGUGAUAGGUGUAAACCGAGCCCUGGGUAUCCUGCUCUCCCUGAGCAGGAUACCCAGAGAAAAUGAAGGCACAGGUGGGCUGUUCUGAAAUCUUGCCCCUUAUGAAGUCAUAAGGAGCAAGGUUACCUCCCCCUUCUCUGCUUUGCCCGCCCAGAGAAUUCGGCCCAACCCUGAGAGAGGGACAACAUGGCUUUCAAAUGAGCAAAGUGGCAGUUGAUCAAGACCACACACCUAGCCUCCACCUUGCCGCCCCCCCUCUUCUCCUCCAAAGCUACAGACUGAGAAAUGGCACAUACUAAGGAAAGCUCAUUGUGGGACUGGCUCUAGUGGCUUUAAUUCUGCACCAAGGCUGAAUUUUGGGAAAGAGACUUGAGAAAUGGUAUUAGGGGACCACUAAGGCCUAUAUAAAAGCAUCCAAAGAGCACCAUGUCAGGGGACCUUUAAUAAUCAAAAAAAUCCUUUUGGAUUCCAUUAUAAGUCACCCUCACAGCUUUUCAUCUUCCUUCAUGAUCUUUGCGACACAAUGUAGUUUCUGAUCAUAUGACUGGGUUCACUUGAUACUUUUGUACAUUUCUGUCAGCAUUUGACCACUACAGUUGUUUCUGGUUGUAGCAGUAUCAUUCAGAUACACAGCAUUGGCAUGAUUUGGGUGGGGUUUACAGACCCACUCAGUCCAAAAAAAACAAUUUCUUGAAUUGCAAUAUACAUAAGUUAAAAGAUGAGUAGCAUAAAUAUUCUGUGAGCAGUACACCAAAGCUGUUUCUGCUUCACUGAGUCUGUCUGUAGAAUAUAGAUAUAUGUUGGCUAUAUAUGGAGCUCGUUCAGUAUCGGCACCUAACGAUCAUCUGCUGUGCUUACAUGUCACAUGUUGCUUUCCCCCACAUGCUUCCUCUUCAAAACAUUACCUGAUCUGACUGCACCUGUUUCAAAGCCUGUCAUUGUUAUGUAUUUUUAACGCAGGGCUUGUUUUAAAAAACAAAAAAAGAAACGCAACACAAUCAUUUGAAUUUAGGUGUCAUGAAUUUGCAAGUCGAAUAGAUCCCGAGGAGGAGCACAAUGCAUCUGUUCUGGAGUGACUGAAGUCAGUCUUAUUGAUUCUACCAGUUGAAAUGGAUGGGUUUCCAUAGGUAAGGCUCAUUCUUUUCAGUGCUGCAUGUAUACUCAGUGAGCAAGAGCCUCAAGCAAUGUGAGAAAACAGACAUUUUUUCAGACAGCUUUCAGAUCAUACAUUUACAGAAUAAAACACAACUUACAGCUGCCUGAUGUAACAUGAUUUCUCUCUGUUUAUUCUAAAUGUGGGUGUGGGCUUCUUUGAUUUCACUAAUCGUUGUAUAUCAAUCUGUCCCACUCAAGUCUAGAAGAUCAGGAUGAAACCAGUGUUUAUUUUCUCUCCAUACCUUUCUAGCUUAAUCUUUUGAGAAGUGGGUUGAAACAAAUAAUGUGUGAUUAAUUAGUUCAACAAAUUUUUGAAGUUUAACAUUUUUCUUAAAUCACCCAAGUGGAAGUGUUUGCUCAGGGUCUUGGACACUCUUUUUUUCCCCCUCUUAAAAAAACACAAACCCCUUUUGCUUAUGUGUGCGAGAAGAUUGUGUGUUGUACAUGAUUAAAUGGUGGUCCGCUGCCUUUUGAGUGAUUCUGAGGAUCUGGCUGAAGGCAGAUGGAUGCCACGGGUGUCAGUUCUGCUGCAGUACAGAGCUACAGCUCUUAAACGAAACGCACUCCUGCUCUAUCUCUGCAGCCCCCACUGUGUCUGGAUGGAUAUGCCAAUAAUCAGACAGUAACCAUGGUAAUAAGGACAAUAAUGCAAUACUAAUCUGUUAUAGCAGUGUGGCUUUAAUAUACAUACUCUACAAAGGUGUCUUUCUGGAGUAUGUUUUUAACACCUUUGGGUGAUUCUGGUUUUGUAUUCCUGUAUUUAUGCAGGGGAAAGGAGGAGGGAGAAAACAAUGCUAAUUAUGCUUUGUCCUUUAUUGUAAUGGCCUAGCAUUACGAAACCCCUUCUAAUUUCUCUGCUGUUCCUGUGGGCAGUUAAAUCCUUCUAAAGGAUGUAUAAGUCUGUAUCAGCAAGGACCUACUGCUCCAUGCUCAGACAGACAUUCUUGGUCCCCUUGUACAGGGCAAUGCACAAGACAAGUGAAGCUUAGGAAUGUGACAUAAAGUGUUGUCUUUAGUGUCUUUACUUCUGGAUGUUAUUCUGGUUUUUAUAUAUAUAUUUUUAAUUUGCUCUAGUGAGCAUGACAGCAGAUGAGCAUUCCAUUUUUUUUGCAGGUGUGUGUGUGUGCAGACCUUAUAUGCAAUCACAAAUAAUUGAAAUCAGCAUUAAACGACUAGUUAAACAAUGUUUUUGAGAUAGUUUCUCACUCUCUUCUUCAGUAGCUUUAAACAAUAUGGAUGAUAAAGAUCAUUAAAAUCAUCACGUUUGUCCAGGUUUUGAUCAUUCUUAGAUAUAAAACAUGUUUACUUUAAAAGAAAUCCUUUAUGCAAAUAAAUACAAAGUCAAUGUCACUAUCCUGUGAUUCUGUUCAAGCUUUUACAUCUGCUAAUGUAAUAAUUUCUGUUAUUUAUUACACACAUGAGCAGCACUUGAGACAUUUGUAGAGCAAAACCUGAAUAGAAGCUUUGAAUCUAAAAAACACUAUAUUCAGUACAGCCCUAUUCAGUCUUUGUCGUGUGCAGACGCUGGUCUAAUCAGAGCACAGAGGAACAGCAUAAUUGCUGUGAGAAUAUUAACAGCAAUAUCACAGUUGUUAGUAAUGAUAUUUCCAUACCAGGUUGUGAUUUGAACAAGAAGACGCAAGUGCAAUCUGACUGGAAAAACAAAAGCAUUUUAAGUUGAAGAUGGGUUUACAGUUAUAGUAUUUAAUGAUAUUUUAGCCACACAGAAACCACUAUGAAUAUCCAUUUAUUCAGCUGGGCAACAAGAAAGGGUUUCUCCAGUUUACUUACAGUCUGUAAGUACAGUUUUUAGUUGUCUUGAUUUCAGUGUACAACAAACAGAACCAUGUUAUCUAUCCAUUCUCUCAGUUUAGACCUGUCCACUUGGAUGGGUAGCCUUGUAAAGAAAUGUAUAUGAAAACUUUGGGACAUUGUCUGUUACACUGUACAUUGUGUUAAAAUAUGCCUCUUUCAUAUAUUAAAGGAUUUAUGAUAA